AUGGACUUUCGACUAGACGAAGGGGAAUAUUUAUCUCCAAAAUAUAUGCAUUUUUUCAUUCGAUCUUUCUGUUUCUUUUUAUUUCACAUUUUCUUUUUUUUAUUUCAUCCUUUUUCCCUUUUCUUCUUCAUUCAUCCUUUAUCUUUUCCUUCUAUUUCAUACUUUCUCUCCUUUCUUUUUUUCUCAACCAUUUCUCCAUUUUCCUCUUAUUCCAGUCUUUCUGUAUUUCUAUUUAUUUUCACACUUACUCUCUUUUCUUUUUUAACCUUUCUCCCUUUUCUUCCUAUUUCAAUCAUUCUAUUUUUUUUCUUUUUAUUUCACACUUUCUAUCUUUUCUUCGUAUUUCGCCCUUUCUAUUUACAGAUUUGCAACUCAAAAUUGUCUCCCUCUCUCUCUCUCUCUCUCUCUCUCUCUCUCUCUCUCUCUCUAUCUAUCUAUCUAUCUAUCUAUCUAUCUCUCACACACUCUCUUAAAACAGGAGAUACUCUCUCUCUCUCUCUCUCUCUCUCUCUCUCUCUCUCUCUCUCUCUCUCUCUCUCUCUCUCACUAGCUGCUUGA